AAGGUCUAUCGGAAAGCUCAACCAAGCCGGGGAAGCGCAAAUUCCGUGGGGUUAUAGAUGCCUUCCCCGUUAGGAAGUCGGUGAGCGGGCCUCGUAUCGGACUUAUCUCCGCCCGUCGGGCAAUGCGUCUCAGGCACGUCUUGGUCCUGAAGGUGAGAUCUGGGGUGAGCCGGUCUCCGUGGAUGUCAAGAGCAUCAAGAACAUCCCCGGAGCAUAAUCAAUAUUUAUGCCCUGGAGAGUUCCGGGUCGAUCACAGGCACGGACAACUGUCAGGCCAUCAUGAACCGAGCUUGAGCGGUCCAGAAUCAAUUAAUCCUCGGUUGGCGGAUCUCGCGCAUGCCGCCCUCACGUGACCCUGACGCGCUCCCCACGCGGCGCGCGACGGUCGCGACGGGAAGGCGAUGGUUUCCACUCCAAGGACCAGUUCCAAGUGGCGGUACAAGUCGCACCACCACAGUCCAAGAUGAUCAGACAGGACUUCCAAAGGGUCGAUCCGAAGCGAAGGUCGAAUCUCGACCAUAAAAAGACACAGUUCGCAGUACCGAUCUUCAAGCAGCAGGACUAUCCGCAUCGGUUGAACUUCUACGAGGUCCCGCCGACUGCAGAGAUUACGCUGGAGCAGUUUGAACAAUGGGCGAUUGACAGAUUAAAAGUGCUGGCCGAAAUCGAGGCCUGCUCUUAUCGAAACAAGUCCCCUGCCGAAACUGCGACACAUAUUACGCCUUUGCUUCAGAAAUUCCUUCCCCUAUCCUCGAACACGUCCUCGACCCUCGGAGCUGCCGACCCGCGACUGAGAAAUGAGCGUCAAAAAGAUCACUAUUCACAUUUCACCCUUCGAUUGGCAUUCUCGGGCACGGAAGAGCUCCGCCGACGAUUUGCGCGGGCGGAGACGAUGCUCUUUAGAUUUCGAUUCCAACAAGAUGACACCAAAGAGAAGCGCGAUUUUAUCGAAAGUCUGAGUCUCGACUGGGAUCCUGUUAGCGAUGACGAAAGGGAUGCUCUCUCGGAACACCUCAUCGGCGCGACACCGGGUCUACGCCAGGUUAACGAAGAAGCCUGGUACAAGGUGGACUGGGAGAGGGUUCCCGAGUUGGUCGAAAAGCGGUCGGUGUUUUUGUCGAAAGGGAAAGCAUACGUUCCUGGCAAAGAGCAACUGAGUAUGAUCAUGGCGGAAUUUACCGCUCGGCUGGAACGUGCACUUGAGCUUACGAGUCGAGCCUUGCCGCGCUUAGACGAAGACGACCGACUGACGCCCAUCCUCGAUCAUCUGUCAAAGAAUUUCGGUAGUGCAGAUUCAACAUACUCCGAAGGCGAGGGCGUUGUCGAUGGUGCUGCGAUCACGGCCCAUAACAUCGACAAACUAUCCCAGCAUUUCCCGCUCUGCAUGCGCAGUUUGCACAUGUCGCUGCGCAAGAACAAUCACCUCAAGCAUUAUGGCCGUCUUCAAUACACGCUUUUCCUGAAGGGUAUCGGAUUAUCGCUGGAGGAGUGUAUUAUCUUCUGGCGUCAGUCCUUCAAGGGCUUUUCAGACGACGAGUUCAAUUCGCGAUACAAGUACAAUGUCCGCCACGCUUAUGGAGAUGUGGGCGGCGACGUCAACCGACGGGGACGAGGGUAUCCUCCCUACUCGUGCCAGAAGAUCCUCGGCGAUUCCAACCCGGGUGCCGGUCAAACUCAUGGCUGUCCCUACCGACACUUCUCGGUGGACAAUCUUGUUGGGCUGCUUCAGUCUACGGGUGUCCAUGAUAAAGACUUGCUCCGUGGAGUACGAGAGGACGUUGAAAAGACUCGCUACCAUAUUGCUUGCAACAGGGUCUUUGAUUGGGUACACAAAUCGGACAUCAAGAGAGUUAAAGAAGACGGAUCGUGGAACCAGAUGGAUUUGGACACCAUCGUCCAUCCCAAUACCUAUUUCAAACGGAGCUAUCUGCUCAAACAAGCGGGCAGGGCCCCCAGGAAUGGUUGAAAAGGGUCUGCGCAAUGGGUGCAUGAUGACAGAGACACGGUCGAUACUGAUUCUUUUCUUCCUGCGAAUAUUCUCACGAGGCGUUGACGGUUGGGUCAUGGAGACGCGAUGCGGAUUUUGAUUUCUUCUCUUUCUUUACGACGAUGUAUUUUUCCAAUUUGCAUUAGGGAUAAUAUAGGUAUAUAUUUAAGCAAUUGCAUUGGC